GAGGGGGUGGCGGGGAGGGCGCGGGGGGCGCGGAGCACGGGUCUGCGGCGCUGCAGCCUCCCAAGGGCCAGCCUCGCCGAGCCCGGGGCUGGGUCUGAGCGGUGGCGAGGCGGCAGCCCCGCGCACACCAAAGAGGAGGCGGCUGUGGCGGCAGCGGCGGCCCCAGCCAUGCUGUGCUAUGUGACGAGGCCGGACGCGGUGCUGAUGGAGGUGGAGGUGGAGGCGAAAGCCAACGGCGAGGACUGCCUCAACCAGGUGUGCAGGCGGUUGGGAAUUAUAGAAGUUGAUUAUUUUGGACUGCAGUUUACGGGUAGCAAAGGUGAAAGUUUAUGGCUAAAUCUGAGAAAUCGGAUCUCCCAGCAGAUGGAUGGGCUAGCCCCUUACCGGCUCAAACUGAGAGUCAAGUUCUUCGUGGAACCUCAUCUCAUCUUACAGGAGCAGACUAGGCAUAUCUUUUUCUUGCAUAUCAAGGAGACCCUCCUGGCUGGCCACCUCCAGUGUUCCCCGGAGCAGGCAGUGGAACUCAGCGCCCUCCUGGCCCAAACCAAGUUCGGAGACUAUAAUCAGAACACUGCCAAGUACAGCUACGAGGAGCUCUGUGCAAAGGAACUCUCCAGUGCCACCUUGAACAGCAUUGUGGCAAAGCAUAAGGAGCUGGAGGGGACCAGCCAGGCUUCUGCCGAAUACCAGGUGUUACAAAUCGUGUCCACGAUGGAAAACUAUGGCAUAGAGUGGCAUUCCGUGAGGGACAGUGAAGGGCAGAAACUCCUCAUCGGGGUUGGACCUGAAGGAAUCUCCAUUUGCAAAGACGACUUUUGCCCAAUUAAUAGGAUUGCUUACCCGGUGGUCCAGAUGGCCACCCAGUCGGGGAAGAACGUGUACUUGACCGUCACCAAGGAGUCUGGAAACAGCGUCGUGCUCUUGUUCAAGAUGAUCAGCACCAGGGCCGCCAGCGGGCUCUACCGAGCGAUAACGGAGACGCACGCUUUCUACAGGUGUGACACGGUGACCAGCGCCGUCAUGAUGCAGUACAGCCGAGACCUGAAGGGCCACUUGGCGUCUCUGUUUCUGAAUGAGAAUAUCAACCUCGGCAAGAAGUACGUCUUCGAUAUCAAAAGAACGUCUAAGGAGGUGUACGACCAUGCCAGGAGAGCCCUGUACAACGCCGGCGUCGUGGACCUCGUUUCGAGAAGCGACCCCAGCCCUCCGAACUCCCCACUCAAGUCCUCGGACAGCGGCCUGAACUGCACCAGCUGUGAGGGCCUCAGCUGCCAGCAGACCAGGGCGCUCCAGGAGAAGCUGCGGAAGCUGAAGGAGGCCAUGCUGUGCAUGGUGUGCUGCGAGGAGGAGAUCAACUCCGCCUUCUGCCCCUGCGGCCACACUGUGUGCUGUGAGGGCUGCGCCGCCCAGCUGCAGUCCUGUCCGGUCUGCAGGUCGCGGGUGGAACACGUGCAACACGUCUACCUACCGACCCACACCAGUCUCCUCAACCUCACCGUGAUCUGACGUGUCGUGCACUUAACUGGACAAGCCACGUUUCCGUGAACUGCACUAUUACUUAAACUAAAAAACGAUCGUGGAGAAAAUAAGUACUCUGACACCCAUCUGCCAUGCAGUGUUUAAAAAAGAAAAGAAAAAAAAAAAAAGGAAGAAUCAACAGAAUAUUCCUCCCCAUCAAAACAAACCAUGCGUAGAAUCCGCACCUGCAGUGGUGGGGACCAGGAAGGGUUCUGGGACACAGACAUGUUCCUUGGGCUCAUUCUUCUUAUGAUCAAGUAAAGGAAUAAGUCAAAUCUUUGAUGUCAGUUAAGUGGCAGCAUAGCCAAAAAGUUGGGUACCCUUUAGGAAAGGAUAUUGUUAAGUCUCCUUAAUGUAUCCCAAGGUAAGUUUCCUACUUGCAGCAAAUUUUGUAAGAAUUCGUUUUAAGAAUUUACUUGGUUCUUUUUGUACGGUCAUGGAGCUCUGAACAUUUUAAUAGGAAAUUUUUCUUAAACCGUCAUUUUAAUGUCAUUUCUGUUUUUAUAACUUGGUCGAGAAUGAUUGGAAGGCAAACAGACGCAAAGAUCAAUUCUGCGACUUGUAAAAGGUUGAUCACCAGGUUGCCCGAUGUAAACCGGUCUGGCUGGUGGAAAACCGGUCACUCAGUGUGCACGGCUUCCUCUUCCCUCCCCGUCUCCUCACCCCCACGUCUUGCGAUUUUUAAGACGCUACCGGUCUGGUAAGAAGAUUUCUGUGGAGCAGUCCUCACUCCUUGGGCUCUUGAGUUGGUGGAGUAGAUUAUUUAAGUUGAAGAGGGAACCCACGUUCCUCGGAAAGCCAAGUGUUGCUCGCGGAGAUGAAGCUUCCCGGUGUACAAACCGGGGGGUUCUCCACUUCUCCCCAAAACUCCAGCUUCAUCCGGUGGGGUCGCUUUUGCUUGAGCCAUCAAGCCUUUACAGCCUUAUCAUAGUUAUCUUAGAGAUUGUAUGCUUUUUGUUUUUGUUUUUGUUUUUUUUUUUUUUGUAAGUGCUUACGUAUUAACGUUCAGUUGUCCCCUCCCUACGUCUCAGAGGGGUUUGGAGCUUCUUCGUUUCUUUGUUCUUAAUCAAGUUAUCCACUCCCACUUGGGCAUUUUGGACGCUGGUCAGCUUGUGGGUUUUCUAGGACGUCGGGACACCUAGAUGACCUUAUUGGGUGCAAUACUAGCUAAGUUAAAGCUAGGAACCUACACUGUCACUUUACUGAGAUUUCCGAGUAUACUUUUCAUAUUGCCUUAAUGUAGCAGUAAUGUGUUUAUGCAUUUGUUUCUUUGCACAGACAUUUUGUCAAAUAUUAAAACUCUACUUUUUUAUGGCACAUAUUAGCAUAUAAGCCUUUAUUCCAAGAGGUAUUUAUUUUUUCACUUGUAAAAAAAAAAAUAAUGUUUCCACAUAAAGAACUCUGUUAUAUCCUCAAGGACUUCUGUCUUUUGUAUUCAGGAUAAUAAAGACUUUAAAGCAAA